GGUGAAACGUACUUCGCUUUGCUUUUCUAUGCUAGCAGUUAGAGCAGUUACACUCGUGUCUGUGAGCGGUGCUUCACAGAUAGUGGACGUCAAAACACGGCCACCAUACGUCACGGUGCGGAAUGUCAACAACGGCAUCUGGCGGAACAGUUUCAGCAGCGACUGAUGGAGUUUCCAGAAGAUUUUAACCAGCUCGAGCUUCUCGACACACACGGACACCUGAUCCCCCGAGGGUCUGGCAGCGUGUGGACCGGAAGCAAGGACGAUGAAGAAGAGCCAGAGGAGAGGGAGCACAGUGAGGAGUGGUAUCUGGAAAAGGAGGAAGCUCUCAAAGAUGAACCCAACGAGCUCAUUCUGUGGGCGGCAGAAAACAAUCGCCUUGCCACAGUCCACAGUUUGUUAGCUGCUGAUCCUUCGCUGGUGCACUGCUGUGAUGAAGAUGGUUACACUCCCCUGCACCGUGCAGCAUACAGCGGUCACAUCGAAGUCGUCUGUGCUCUGCUUGCCGGCGGCUCUAAGGUCAACCCCCGCACCAUCGACGGCUGGACUCCCCUUCACAGCGCUUGCCGCUGGAGCCGCGUUUCUGUGGCGAGUUGUCUCCUGCAGCACGGAGCGGAACUGAACGCCCAGACCAACGGUGGACUCACACCAUUACAUCUCGCUGCUUCAUACACAAGCUUCUCAAAAACAGACUCCAGACACACCUUAGAGCUGCUGCUCUCUCAGCGCCAUCUGAAGCCGGGGCUCCGCAGCAGCAGCGGGGAGACUGCCGGAGAGGUGGCUCGACGUAGUGGGCCCCAUCACUUUAUGUUUGAGAUGGUGGAAGACUAUGUGAAUGUGGUGCCCAUCUCAUGAACAAAAGCACAGGCCCACACAGGCUUUCACAUUAGUAUUGAUGUCUUGCUCAUGGUCAGGUUUCCUUUUGAAGCAACAUAAUAAACGUGAAUGUCAAAUCUCCAAUUCAUCUUCUUUA